CCUGAAGACCACACGGGGCAAAACAUCGCCCAUGGACUGAGGGAAGCGAUGGCUGCUUGGGGGUUAAAAGAGGAUAAACUCGUCUGUAUGACUACGGACAAUGCCGCAAAUAUAAAGCUGGCGGCUGAGGUCAAUGGAUGGAUGAGGCUCCAGUGUUUCGGGCAUAGACUCCACUUGGCCAUAGAGAAUGCAAUGAAGGAUCCCAGGAUCGGCCGUGCAAUGGGGCUUUGCAAGAAGCUGGUCAGCAGCUUCUCCUACAGUUGGAAAAAGAAGAGGGAACUUGCAGUGGCACAGCAGCAGCUGAAUCUGCCUGAACACUCCCUAAAGACAGAAUGUCCAACCAGAUGGGGAUCUAGGCAGGCCAUGAUCGACAGGGUCCUCGAGCAGCAGAAGGCCAUUGCCCAGGUCCUUUCCAGCGACCGAAAAACCAGACAUCUCUCCCUCACGUGGCAGGACGUUGAUGUACUGGAGGCAAUCAAUAAGUCGCUUAGCCCUCUGGUGGAAUUCACAGACGCACUUUCUGGAGAGAAGUAUGUAAGUGUGUCUUUUUUUAAACCAACCCUGCACCUCUUCAACAACUCAUUGCUGGCAGUGCAGGAGGAUGACACAGACCUCACAAAAAGCAUAAAAAAGAAGAUACUAGACUAUCUCAAUGAUAAAUAUGAUGACGCAGCGACACAAGAGCUGCUUGACAUGGCCUCUGCCCUGGACCCGAGAUUCAAGCUCAAAUAUGUCAGUGAGGACAAUCGAGGAUCCAUUGAAGCCAGCCUGACAACUGAGAUGAGGAGGGUGAUGACACUCAUGGAGAACGCCCCUCUUGAGACGGGUGCCUGCAGAUGACACGGAGGAUGCUGCUGCAGCUGCACCAAAGAAGAAAAAGAAGGGACUGGGGAGCUUCUUCAAGGCCACCGUAGACCAAGCUGCAGAACCUCAACCUGCUCUGGAAAAGGACAAGGCCAUAGCUCUUGAGCUACAGUCCUACCUCCAGGCAGUGCCACUGGAUGCUGAGGAGGACCCACUAAAGUGGUGGAGGGAAUCCCGGAAGUUCUACCCACGGCUCUCCAUCCUGGCAAGGAAGUAUCUGUGCAUCCCAGCCACAAGUUCCUCUUCAGAGAGGGUCUUCAGUACAG